AUGGAAAAUAUCAACACAUCAUCACCAUCGCCCAUGAAAAAAGGCACUAAAAGGCCAGCCUCUCUUUCUCCGCCAGAUGUAAAAAUCGAUAUGGUUCAAAGUUUCUUUGACAAAUUUCCUCAUACGUUUGAAGACUUAGACGCAAAGAAUUUCGACGUUAAAAAUUUCUUAAAAGAAAUACGUCGGGCCUCUAAAGAACUUUUUGAAGUAAAUUUUAAUAAAAAAACUUGUUCAGAUUUCAAAAAGCAAUUAUUUUUUGACGAUUUAAGGCACGACGUUGAAAUGAAUUUAGAGCCAGGCGAGGAAAUUAUAGAUUUUUGCUGCUGUCAUGAACAUUACGAAUCUUCAAACGCCUCGUCAAACACAGCGGACGCUUAUUCGAGUUCUAUAACAGCCAUAGGUUAA